AAUCGUGGGCAUCAAAACAGAGCCAGUCGGGGCAUGAAUAGUAAUCAAUUUGCCGAUUGACAAUCGAUUACAAAGAACGAAAGAAGAAAACGGCGGGUUAAUGCAAGUUUAGGCUAGGCUGUGUGUGUUGAGAAUUGCUAGAGGUUAUAUAAUCGUAAGAGUACACAAAAAUGCCUGAAGAAGACAACUUACUUACGGGCUUGCGUUUCCGAAUAUCAUCUUCCUCGAAUCAAGGUGGCAGACAUUACAAUGAAGAUGUGAUAUGUAAGCACUGUGAAAAAACUGAAUCAACGGACCUCGCAUGUUUUGCUGUAUUCGAUGGUCAUGGCGGACGGGAGGCGGCUGUAUACGCGCGAGAUCAUUUAUGGGCAAACAUAAAGAAGCAGCCUGGAUUCUUGUCACUAAACGAGAAGCAAACUAUUAAAGCAAUCAAAGAUGGAUUCGCUAUAACACAGAAUGAUAUGUGGAAAUAUAGAGCAAGCUGGAAGAAAACAUUGUCGGGGUAUCCAAGCACAGCCGGUACAACGUGUAGUAUGGCCAUCAUAAUCGGAAUCAAAAUGUACAUUGCUCAUGUUGGAGACUCCGGAAUUGUAAUGGGAUAUGAUGAUGAAGGCAUGAUUAACAGCGAGGUCCUAACCAUUGAACACAAACCGGAUUCUAAACCGGAGCGGAAAAGGAUAGAGGGAGAUGGUGGACUGGUUAUGACCAAGAAUGGGGUUAACCGGGUAGUUUGGAAGCGUCCUAAAAUUUCUCAUAUGGGACCUGUGAGACGAAGUACCUCCAUUGAUUGUAUACCUUUCCUAGCCGUGGCAAGAUCCUUAGGUGAUCUGUGGAGCUACAAUUAUGAAUCUAAAAAGUACAUAAUCUCACCAAAACCUGAUAUUGAAGUGAUGACCCUUGAUCCAUACGAACACAAGUUUCUUGUGCUUGGAACCGAUGGAUUGUGGAACAUGAUCAGCGGAACUAGGGCUGUUGAUAUAGUUGCUGAUUAUGAAAGAGAGCGUAUCAGUAAGAAUGGAGUUCACCAGCAAACAGCUGCUCAGGUGAUAGUAAGAGCUGCCAUUAAGCAAUGGAAUGAUCGCUUCCUGAGAGCAGACAACACUACAGCCGUCGUGGUGUUCAUUGAUCCAAUGGAUGCAUUUGCUGAUUUGAAAACCACAGCCGGCAAGCUUCACAGACCUAAUGCCUUUAGCUUUUGGAACCCUCCAUACUCAGAGGAUGAGCUCUACGGCUAUGUGUACCACAGACCAAGUGUCUUAAAGAAGAAGAGUCUGCCGAAAGUCAAUGACCAUCCUUCCCUUAAGAGAAGUCAUGCGUUUAGCUCAGACCUCCCAUCAGAGUUGAGCCCUAAGAAACCAAAAUUAUCAUCACAAGGCCAGAGAAUAUGCCCGACGUGUUAUGGGUAUAAAUUAUUGGAGGAGGAUGAAAUCGAAGUUAAGGUGAAGCAAUCCAAGAAACACAGUAAAAAGAACUUAAGGAGAAAAGCAGGUAUUAACAGUCUAGCACCUAAGAAAAUGACUCCGAUGUGUGUUACAAAAGUGAUCAUACCAACAAAAUACAAAAGUCCAGAGGGGUAUAGCUCGCCUAAUCGCCGCUGUUAUGGUGAAGCUUCUUAUGUAAAAACGAGCAUGGAGGAUAAAUUUUCACAUAGAGAUGACCGUACCCAUAACACAAUUAUUAUUCCAACAAAGUACAAAACACCUUGCUCAAAUGGUAAGUUAGUGAGAAGAAGAUGUUUUAGUGCAGAGCCAGUUAUAACUACAGGAAAAUCGAGUGUAACUAACUCUGGAAGUAAGUCUGACCCACAUAAUAACUUGAAAUCUCCUACGCCUAACAGCAACGACGACAAUUACACCAGCACUCCUAGACUGCGUGUGCCGCUUGCUGUGAAGCGUCUAAAGACUGAACAAAACAACCAAUUGCCUGAAACACCAAAGAAAAUCAGUAAAGUACUGCCCUCGUCAUACACCCUUCGCAGACGGUCGGAUUCAGAUCUGAUACGCAAGAUUGUGACCAGAGCACGGAGCAAAGUCAUUCCACAAAUCACGCAGACAAGGAGCAAGUCACAACUUACAAAAUCAAUCAAGGCAAAUGUUGGAAAAGUAAAGGUUCCUGCAUGCUAGUUACUAAUUUGCAUGGAAUAUUUUAAUUAGAAGUUUGCAUACAAGUGUAAAUUUAUUUUAAAUUGCAAAGAGGCUUUGCAGAUGGUGAUUCCUAAAUCUUCUCAUUCCACACUGUUGAAAAAAUUAAGUGUAAAAUAUGCCAGUAAAAUGUUUUGUAAUUUAUUACAAAUAAUAUUAGUGAAUUCAUUUUAAAUGUUCUAAUAUGAAAAUAAUACUAUGAAAUUUAUACAAUGAAAUUUGAUGUGAUGAAAUCCAGUGGAUUAAAUUCCAGUGAAUUGUGAAUGAUUCAAGUGUCACAGACAGCCUUUUGUUUUAGAAAUGCUAGUCUGUUAUAUGAACAUUUCCCAUUUUAAUCAUUUUAUUUUUCAGUGUUUUGUUUUUGUUUAAUUUCUUGUGUAUUAUUUUUAAUAUUUUAAAUAUUAUACAUUAUAUUUUCUAAGGUGUAUAAUCAUUUCAAUUUUAGUGCUUCCAUUCUUAAGUUGUAACUUGUAUGAUUUUGUUUAGAUAUGAUGUGAACCACCAACCCAAUGUGCACUGUUAGUAUAGUAUUGGUAUAGUAAUUAUUGAAUAUUAUAUAGCAUUUCUUUUCAGUUUAACUGUUAAAUUACUUUUCUGCCUUAGUAUUUUGGUUUUUUUUUGCAUGUUUUGUUGUAUAAAGUUAAUAAUAUUAAUUUUUGGUUUCAUGUUUCUGAAUUUACCAGAUUCCAUCCAGUAUCAGGGAAAUAAUAUUUCUAGAAACAGUACUGGUGAUAACACAGAUAAUAAAACAAAAUGUGUCAGGAUUGUCAAUUAUAAAUUCAAUGCUGCAAUGAUAAAUAACAUCGCUCAUUUCUUUAACUGUUGGAAGAUGAAUAUCUUUAACACCAUUUACUGUUUAACAAAAUUAUCUUUGUGAAUUGUAUCAAAUUAUUAGCUUCAACGAUUAUCCUAAUUACUCUUUCCUGAUUUCACAAACCUUACUUUAUUUUUUAGACAUUUAAUCAGUCUCACAAUUUCUGACUGUCUCAAUCACUCAGGGAACAAUUAAAUAUUCUCCAAAAGCAAAAAGUGCAUUCAAAUGUGCUGUCCACACUAUCAAAUUUAAUGUGAAAAAUACCUGUGAUAUGCCCAUAUAUGGAUGUGAUAUGACAUCAUCAUGCCCAUAUAUGGAUGUGAUAUGACAUCAUGUCCAUAUAUGGGCAAUUCACCAACAUUUGUCACAAAACUUGAUAGAGUGGGUAGAACUAAGAAAUGUAUUCAUCUAGGUAGCUUAUUUAAAACUGAAUUGUCAGUACCGAAUUCAAAGUGGCAGUUCAUUGUGAUAGAUGAUUGGGGUUAUAUUGUUAAAAAUUAUAUAAGUUAUAAAUAAAGUAAAAGAAGUUUACAAAGCCAAUGGCAAUGGAGAUUAAAUUUUCGUCGCACUACAAGUGUAAAAAAGUAGUUACUAGAAUACAGAAUACUCAAGUGCACAUAGUAAUUACCCAGUUAUGUAGAGAGCCUGGAUACCAUUGUAAGGACACAUUAAUUACUGUUGCAAGGCAACAGGGAAAGGGUGGUUGUUUGAGGGUUUCUGAUAUUUAGCAAUUACUGGAUGGUUCACCGAUGUAAUUGAAUAUGCUUAGAAUAAGAAUUGAUAAACCUUACACUUCUUAGUAUUUCUGCAUAGGUCCUUGGGAAUUUUUCAGUGGAGGGACACCAUUGAUGGGUCCCUUUUCAGCUACCUAAAUUACAAGUUAUUUUGUAUGAUAUCAGCUCUUGAUGUCAUAUCUUGUAAAUUUAAAAGAGCAGAAUGUGUUUUGUCAACUUUUUUGUUCUUAACGAAUGGGAGAGAGAAAUCCUCCCAUCAGAUAAGUUUAUUUUGUAUUUUGAUAGACAGUGCUGUUAAGAUAAGGAUAGAUUUAAUCUGUCCAAAGCAGAGGAAGUCCAGUGACACUGUCACGUUUUAAGUGAUAAAUACAUGUGAAUUUUCCAUAUAUGGCUGUGAUUAUAUGAUGUCAUCAUGUCCAUAUAUGGGUGUGAUUACAUGAUGUCAUCAUGUCCAUAUAUGGGUAAAUCAUUGUCACAUUAAACUAGAUAGUGCGGACAGAGUUAAGGGGUGGGCACUUAAAUUUUUAAUGGCUUUUUAAUCGUGUAUUUUUUCCUUAUGGUUUAAGUUCUGUUAGCUGGAUAUGGCGGCUGCUGUUUUAAAAUAUCAAUUACUCUUCUACCGAGGGAUCACUUGUGAUAUGAAAAAACAAUUUUUGGAAUUCUUAAAUUUCAUCAUAUACUGAAUAUUGUAAAUAUUUUUGCUUUUAUUCAGUGGAUGUUGAAUUAUUUUUGAUAAUUAUUACAUUUUAUGUAAAGAAAAUGAAUUAGGGCUUACAAGGCGUUUUUAAGAAUUUAUAUAUAAUUUAAAUUGAUAUAAAGUCUGUAUUGGCUUGCACAUUUAAAUUUUUAAAAUAAAGAAUAAAUAAGAUUCAAUUUAAAUACAUGUAUAAAUUCUCUAUUUCAAUUAAUUUUAUACAUUGAAUUUCCCAAUGCGAUUUCUGUGCUAUUAUAUAGAGAUCUCUUGCCAUCUGUCAAUAUUUUGGAGAGUGCAUCUUAAUGAAUAUUUACAAUAAAUUAGGCUACAUGGUAGCCAAUCUUAGCUCACUUUUGAACUAAAAAUUGCUAAAUGAGAAAGGGAGGUUCUUAAUUUGUUUAACUGUUUAAUAAUUCAGUUACGUAUAGAACUGUGUGUAUAUGUACUGUAAGCAGUUUUAUUUUAUGGUUAGUUACUUGCUAUUCCCACCAACUAUUAUAUGGUAUUAUUGUUUUCUGUAUUACUAAUAGAUUUUAAUGAUUUUUGUGUUGUCAGAGCUUGUUUUCUUUUAAGUUCAGGUUUAGUUAUACAAUGAAUUUAAAUCUGAUUUAUUUUGUUUUCCCAUGUUUCUGUUCGUUGCUAACAUAUUAAACAAUUAUUUAUCCUAUUAUAUAAUUUAAAAGCAGGUUGCAUUACGCAAUGAAAAUGGUACAAAUUGUAAUCAAUAUUUGGAAAUGGUUACUCAAUUGUAUCGUAUGAGAACAUAUUGUUUAAGAAUUGUGAUUUGAUGGUUAAUGUAAAUGCCCAUUUGUACAAUAAUUGAUUGACAGCAGUGUGACUAAACGACUAGUUAGUAAAUUAAGUGUGGUUUUUGCACACAAAUUGAAGCUACUAAUGCUUUGGUGAAUUUUCAGGCAUAACAUCCUGAACUCCAUGUUUUUGAUUGGUGUACACGUUCUUGAUGACUUGUACUGCAAGGUUGCCUCUGUCUGCAUUAUAAUGUGCCAUUAUGCCUUUGUUUUGCGAGCUACAGUACUGUACAGGACUCCAUGAUUUGCUACAAACAUAACCUGUGUUUAUGUUUAGCAUUUCAAGUUGCAAUACAUGGCUACAGUAUAUAUAAUGUAUAUCUCAUAUAUUUAUAAUUUUCUACCAUAAUUUUGUUUUUGAAAUGCUUUUCUUGUUACCUGUACAAUAAUAAUUUUAGGAUAGUAGGCAAUGGUUUGCACAUUUUUUAAAACAUUUAAUUUAUUUAAAAUUUAAAAGCAUGAAGAUGUUAAUAUGGUAGUCAUUAUUAGCAAUUAUUAACGAACUACUGUAGAUAAGUUACAAGUGCUUUGACUAUUUUAGACUUGUUAAUAAGCUGGUACUGUAUUAUUUUGAGUUAAAUGUAACUACUGUACAAAUGGGACCAUUAAUUGUAUAAUUAUGUUGAAGUAUGUGUGUGCUUUUGGCAAAGUAACUUCCCCUCCCCCAUUUAUAAGUGAUUGAACAGUCUAAUAUUUUCUAUGAACAUUAGACCUUGAUUUACAAUUCUGUGAUUUAUAGUUUUAUAAAAAGUAAAUUUGGGGAUUGUAGGUCCCUAAUUAUAAAUGUUAAAGAUUGUUUCUAAUGGAAGUGUAGCUUGGUCAUAAUUUGAUUAAAAAUACAGUAUGAGGAAAAAAUAA